ACCGGAGAUAUCAACCCGACAACCAUCUUGAUCCCUGGCCUUCCCUCGAUCAUUGCCUACAAACCUCGCAUCUCUCCCCAUCCUUCUUCAGCUCUCCGCGACUCUAAACCUCUCGAUCCGAGUCAACCCGAGACACGCAACACCGCGCCAGCCAUGGCCCAAUCCACCGCCCACCGCCGGCUCCUCCAAGAGUACCGCGCCCUGACAAACAACCCCCCAGAAGGCAUCACCGCCGGCCCCGUAUCCGAAGAUGACCUCCUCCACUGGGAGGCCCUGAUCCAAGGCCCCGAGGGAACACCCUUCGAAGGCGGCGUCUUCCCCGCCGAGCUCAAGUUCCCCAAGGACUACCCUCUCGCCCCACCGACCAUGAAGUUCCUCGUCGACAUGUGGCAUCCGAAUAUCUACCCAAGCGGCCUAGUCUGCAUCUCCAUCCUCCACCCCCCAGGCGACGACCCAAACCACUACGAACACGCCUCGGAGCGCUGGUCCCCGAUCCAGUCGGUCGAAAAGAUCCUCAUCUCCGUCAUGAGCAUGCUCGCCGAGCCAAACGACGAGAGCCCCGCCAACGUCGAGGCUGCAAAGAUGUGGCGCGAGCGGAGGACGGAGUACGAGCAAAAGGUUCGCGACGGCGUCCGGCGGUCGCUGGGCCUGUGA